AUGACCGAAGUGUCCUCUACCCGCCUGUAUUUGGGCAACCUCCCCCGGAAUGCCACCAAGGCCGAUGUCGAAACCCACUUCCAAACCCAUGGCACCGGAGAGAUUACUGAGAUCAAGCUCAUGAAUGGCUUCGGCUUCAUCGAGUACAAAGAUGCCAUGGAUGCUCGAGAUGUUGUUCCUGGUAAGCAAGCAUCCUGGGGCGAGGCUCGCAGCCUUGGCUGGCUCCCCUACUUGACUCUCAUUCUGAUCCUGCAGCUAACCAUGUCGCCCCUCACAGCUUUCCAUGGAUCCCAGUUCAUGGGCGAGCGUCUGACCGUUCAGUUUGCGCGCGGAUCGCGACAUCGAGAAGGCGGCUUUGGCAACCACGAGCGUACCGCCCCGCGCCCGCGACGCACCCAACAUCGUAUGCAAAUCAGUGGUCUCCCAAGUGAUACCAGUUGGCAGGACCUCAAAGAUUUUGCCCGUCAAUCUGGUCUUGACGUGGUCUACUCCGAGACUGGCCGCAACAGCAAUGGCGAGGGCUUUGUCGAGUUCGAAACCGCUGCAGACCUAAAGAAGGCUGUCGACACCCUCGACGGCCGUGACUUUAAGGAGCAGCGGGUGACUUGCGUUGCAAACGUAGGUCACUCCCAUCAUGUCUCAUCUAACAUGCAACUCACCAGUUCUAGACUCAGCCUGAUCCUCCACCGCGAGAGGCCAGAGGACGAUCUCGGUCGCCAGGUGGCCGCCGACCGUACCCGCCUCGCGGCGGUGACGAAUAUGACCGACGGGGCCCUCCGCCUCGCGGCUAUAGCCCUCGUCGCGACGGUUAUCGGGAUGGCUACCGUGAUAGAAGCCCUCGUCGUGACUACUACGAAGAUCGCGCUGCAGGCUAUCGCUCUCCGCCACGCCGUGGCCCUUUGGAUGACUAUCCUCCUCCUCGCGGCCGCUACGAAGACCCCUACCGCCGUGACUACCCGCCCCCUGACCCGUAUACGAACGGUCGGCCGUAUGACCGGCCUCCGCCGCGGGACUACCCGCCGCGUGAGCCUGGGUAUCCACGAGAGGGUGCCUACCCUCCGCGCGAGUUCGAUCGUCGCUAUUGGUAACUCAUCUCCUCUCCCUGAGCCCGCGCGGUUCUUGACCUGA